AAAGGCUAAACUAGACGCAUGCUCGCAGAGAGACAGCGAUGGAUUCCGAAGCAGAAGCAGCAGAGCAGAGCUCCACCACCAGUAUCCCUGUUCUCCCCUUAAUUCUCUUCUCCUCCUCCUCCGUCUCAACACCGCCGUCUCCGGAACCCUCCGGCACCGUCACUUCUCCCCUCCACUCCGCCGCGGCGGCCGUUCCGUUCCGAUGGGAAAAAGAGCCUGGAAAGCCCAAACACUCCACCGCCAUCGUCCCCUUCUCCAGCUCUUCCCUCUCCACUACGGCCUUGUCCCCAAAAUCCUUAGAACUCCCUCCCAGGCUCCUCACUGUAGAGAAUCCUCCUCGCGGGUUAGGCAGCAGCAACAGAUUUCGCUCUCCCUCUUGGAGAGCGGGUCCCGAUUGCUAUGGUUCUUUCCGUGCUGACAGAGGCCGGAUUCCGGUCCGCGCUGUGGUUCGGAGCAGGAGGUGGGUCGGGUUCGGGGCGAAACAACGGUGGUUUGGUUCUUGGAGGAUGAAGAAGAGAGAGGUGAGUGGCGGUAGUUAUGUGUUCCCAUCAUGCGGCGCUGAUAACAGAGAGACUAGUGAUGUGGAUGCCAUUGGAGGCACUCGGAAGAACAGAGGGAAGACGAAACGCUCUGGCCUCUGGGUAAUAAGAAGAAUAUGGGAGGGGUUGAAGCAGAUGGGGGUACGGAGGAGCAAGGCACUGAAGAAAGAUGAGUAUGCACUGAGCCUCUAACGAAGCAUACCAGCUUUCAUGGUCACAUCCAACUCAAUUCUAAAUGAGGGGAGGAUGUAUCCCUCACUGUAUUUGUAGUUUUAUUUAUUUAUUUCUCAUGAGCAGAGCGUAUGUGUAGUUCUUUAGUCUGUGCCAUAUUUUUCAUCAUGAGUCAGUAUGUAUGUAUAUGGCUGCUUGUGUGGUUUCGGCUAUCCAGCUUGACGGCAAUGUACGCCCCGAUUAAGUCCUAACUUUCCAACCAAUCUAAUUACAAGGUAUCCUUAAGAAAACAGAUUGGCAAAAA